CCUUCUUUCCCACUAACACAAUGGAUUUAUCAACAUUUUCAGUCUUUCACAUUCUCUUCAUUUCCAUCCUCGUUCCAUAUCUUGUUUAUUCUUCCGCAGUUCCAGACCCCGAAUCGGUCGUGGACGACGUCCAUAAGAGUAUCAAUGCUUCUAGGAGGAACUUGGGUUACUUAUCAUGUGGAUCGGGGAACCCAAUUGAUGAUUGUUGGAGGUGUGACCCGAAUUGGGAGCGCAACCGUCAGAAAUUAGCUGAUUGUGGAAUCGGAUUCGGAAAGAAUGCUAUGGGUGGUAAAAAUGGUCGAAUCUAUGUCGUUACGGAUGCCGGAGACGAUGAUCCCUUGAACCCUAAACCUGGUACAUUAAGGCAUGCUGUGAUCCAAGACGAGCCAUUGUGGAUCAUAUUCAAGAGUGACAUGGUGAUUACAUUGAAAGAAGAGUUGGUGAUGAACUCUUACAAGACGAUCGACGGACGAGGCGCGAGCGUUCAUAUAUCGGGAGGGCCAUGCAUUACCAUACAUUACGUAUCGAACAUCAUCAUCCAUGGGAUCAACAUACAUGAUUGUAAGCCCGGAGGGAGUAGCACUAUAAGAGACUCACCUGAGCAUGCUGGCCAUUGGGAUCAAUCGGAUGGUGAUGGAGUAUCCAUCUUUAACAGCAAGAAUAUAUGGGUUGACCAUUGUACGCUCUCUAAUUGUCAGGAUGGACUGAUUGAUGUCAUCCAUGGAUCCACUGCAGUCACCAUCUCAAACAACUACAUGACCAAUCAUGAUAAAGUCAUGCUGUUGGGACACAGUGAUGAGUAUACACAAGAUAAAGAUAUGCAAGUCACUGUUGCCUUUAACCAUUUCGGAGAAGGCCUGGUACAAAGAAUGCCAAGGUGCCGACACGGAUACUUUCAUGUGGUGAACAACGAUUACACACACUGGAAGAUGUACGCCAUCGGUGGAAGUGCAAACCCUACCAUCAACAGCCAAGGGAAUCGAUUUCUAGCACCAGAUGACAGUUCGAUGAAAGAGGUGACCAAACACGAGGAUGCGCCGGAGAGCGAGUGGAGAAGCUGGAACUGGAGGUCGGAGGGGGAUUUGAUGUUGAACGGAGCCUUCUUCAGGCAGACUGGAGCAGGUGCAACUUCGACCUAUGCAAGGGCUUCGAGUCUGAGUGCUAGACCGUCUUCUCUUGUGGGUCCAAUGACGGCCACAGCCGGUGCACUAAAUUGUAGGAUUGGAUCCCACUGCUAGCUUUUAACUUAGCCGAAAAUCAUACGUACAAAUAUGUACGUAUGCGAGAAAAUACAAAUGGAAAGAGAGACUAAGAAGGAUCCUUGUUUAGCGGGGAUGAGUUAAAUAAUACUCUAAUGAAAUGUACUUUUAAUAGU